AUGGAAAGAUCGGCUUACGGCGAGAGCACCUCCAACCCCAAUGACUACCGAUAUGCUGCAGCAGGACAACACCCACUAGCCGAUCACAACACCGCCCACUCUUCGCAGCAAUACAACCAGUCCGCCGGCGCCUCCAACAGCCACUCCACCUACUCCACCCCCGCCCUCUCCAACCAGACCGCGUCCCUCGCAAUCUCCUCCCCACCCUCCGCCGGCUCAAGAGCGCGCAACAUGGACUACAACGGCGACCUGGACGGCGACAUGCCCAUGGAAGACGCCGACCCGUUUAACAGACAAAAGUACGCCCGUCCACCACAACAGAGCAACAGCAGACCUACAUCGCAGUACCUGCCCGCCGAAGAUGCGACUUCCCGAGCCGCCGCGCGCUAUUCACCCAUGCACACCUCACCGACCACGUCAUACGUCUCGAGCACGCCGUCGAAUAUGGGAUCUAAUCAGUUCUAUACCCCACAGCAGUCUGCACGACAGUCGCCGAGCAGACAUAACAAUCCCUACGCUUCGCCGACGCAGCAGGGACGGUACUACGCUUCUCCUCCUGCGUCUGCACGUGCGCAGGCAUCGCAGCUCCCGCCGAUCCAGUCGAAUUUGUCGCCGAGCAGCUAUUAUCCGCAGUCUGCGACGAGACAGCUGACGGCGAUGUUCAACGAUGAUCCGCAAUCGCCUACCGGGCCGCAGCAGCAACAGCAGAGACAGCCGGAAAGGCAGAUGGGUGUGCCGCAGUUUACGAAAUGCCAGAGCGCUGCUGAGUUGGAGCCACGGAUCAAUGCCCAGCCGCCGUUUCGGAGGGCGAAUCCUGAGGGUGGCUUCAUCAGUCCUUUGCAGGCGCUUACGACGCAUCUGCCGGCGACGUACCGGAUAUGCAAUCCGGGUUUUCAGUAUGAGUCUUCGCGCAAUCCGAGGAGAGUGUUGACGAAGCCGAGCAAGGGUGUCAAGAAUGAUGGGUACGACAAUGAAGACAGCGAUUACAUCCUCUACGUCAACGACAUCUUGGGGUCGGAGGAGACGAACCACAAGAAUCGCUAUCUCAUCCUCGAUGUGCUCGGUCAGGGUACCUUUGGGCAGGUGGUGAAGUGCCAGAACCUCAAGACGCAGGAAGUCGUGGCCGUCAAGGUGGUGAAGAACAAGACUGCCUACUUCAACCAGAGCAUGAUGGAAGUCUCCGUGCUGGAUCUGCUGAACGGUCGAAUGGACAAGAACGACGAUCACCACAUCUUACGGCUCAAGGACACGUUCAUCCAUCGCCAGCAUCUGUGUCUGGUGUUUGAGCUGCUGUCGGUGAAUUUGUACGAGCUGAUCAAGCAGAAUCAGUUCCGCGGGUUGAGCACGACGUUGGUGCGGGUGUUUGCGCAGCAGUUGCUGAAUGGGCUGUGCUUGUUGAGUAAGGCGAAGUUGAUCCAUUGUGAUUUGAAGCCGGAGAAUAUACUGCUGAAGAACCUCGAGAGCCCCAUCAUCAAGAUCAUCGAUUUCGGCUCCGCCUGCGACGAACGACAAACAGUGUAUACGUACAUCCAGUCGCGCUUCUACCGCUCCCCCGAAGUCCUGCUCGGCCUCCCCUACUCUGCCGCAAUAGACAUGUGGUCCCUCGGCUGUAUCGUCGUCGAGCUCUUCCUCGGCCUGCCGCUCUUCCCCGGCUCAUCCGAGUACAACCAGGUCUCGCGCAUAACAGAAAUGAUGGGCUUGCCGCCCAACUGGAUGUUGGAGGUCGGCAAGCAGUCCGGAGAAUUCUUUGAGAAAGCGCAUGAUGACUUUGGCCGGAGGACGUACCGGCUCAAGUCGAUGGAGCAGUACUCGCGGGAGCACAAUACGAAGGAGCAGCCGAGUAAGAAGUAUUUUACUGCUACGCGGUUGCCGGAUAUUGUGAGGAAUUAUCCGAUGCCGAGGAAGGGGAUGAAGAGUAAUGAGAUGGAGAGGGAAAUGGCCAACCGAGAAGCAUUCAUCGACUUCGUCCACGGCUUGCUCAACAUCAACCCGCUCGAGCGGUGGUCGCCACAACAAGCGCGCACCCACCCCUUCAUUACGCAGCAAAAGUUCACCGGCCCCUUCCAACCCCAAAUGAACCUCAAAAUCAGCUCCCGCUCUCCAGCCCCGGGCGUCCAGCAACAGCAACAAGCCGAAGCCCUUUCCAAACAACGCGCCCAACAACAGCAAGCCGCGCAAGCCCAACAACAAGCCGCCUACGCCGGCCUGCACAUGAACCCGGGCUACCCCUCUUCCCCGCACUCCGCCACCCAGCAGCAACAGGCCGCCAUGUACGGAAACAUGUACACGCCCAACCAAGCCUCUGCCGCUGCACCACCGCCUUACCCUUCCCAACCACCCUCCACCGCCGCUUCAGCCGUGUACGCCCAGCAACAACAGGGACAAGUCCCCAUGCUCCAACCCCCCGCGCCGGCAGCCGCUGCGUACGCCGGACAACCCCAGCAACAGAAUAUGUACGCAGGCAGCCAGCGCAACACGCGCCAGCGCGCCGCCACCCUCGGCGGCGACAGCGGCGGCGGCAUCCCCCCCGCCCUCCAGCGCGUCGUCAGCCACCUCGACCCCAACGCGCCUAUCCGGCUCCAGCCGAGCCCUGCGUACUAUCCCCCGCCGCCUGAGGGCAGUGAGUCCGGGCAAGGGAGCGUGCAUGUGGGCGGGAGGAGGAGGACGAGUCGCGGCGCUGGUGGGGCGCAGAGGCAGGGGCAGCAAGGGCAGGGGAGGGACUUUGUGAGGGUGCUUGAGGAUCGGACGUUGGAGGAGGGGUGGUCUGGGGGGCAGGGUGGGGGGUGGGGCGCUUGA